AUGACCACAAAUAUUGCUUUUGAGAUCAUUCAAAAGUAUGAGCCUAUUGAAGAAGGUUUGCAACAAGAUAAAGAGCUUGCACCAGGAUGUAAAACAACUACACCACUAAGCAUGCCUGAUAAUGCCCUUGUGAAAGGAUGUCGCUGUCUGGAAAUUGACUGCUGGGAUGGAUCACGAAAUGAACCUGUUGUAUACCAUGGUUAUACACUCACCAGCAAGAUUCUGUUUAAAACUGUUAUCCAAUCGAUACAGAAAUAUGCAUUCAUAACAUCUGACUACCCAGUGGUGCUCUCUUUAGAAAACCACUGCUCACCUUCCCAACAAGAAGUGAUGGCAGACAUUUUGCAGUCUGUUUUUGGAGAUGCCUUGCUUUCUGAUAUGCUUGAUGAUUAUCCAGACAAACUACCUUCACCAAAGGCCUUAAAAUUCAAAAUAUUAGUUAGAAACAAGAAAAUAGGAUCCUUAAGGGAAACCCGUGAAAGAAAAGGUUCUGAUAAGCAUGGUCAGGUAGAAGAAUAUGAAGAGAUAGAUCAAGAUGUGGAUGAUGAAAUCAAAGAAUCAAAAGCAUUGGCUAUUUUAGAAGAUGAUUCACAGAAGGAAGCAGGGGCAAUUAAUGCAGCUGGAUUACCACUUUUCAGGAGAAGGAGGGUAAAAGUGGCUAUGGCCCUAUCUGAUCUUGUCAUUUAUACCAAAGCCGAGAAGUUCAUAAGCUUUCAGCAUUCAAGACUAUAUCAGCAAUUUAAUGAGAGUAAUUCUAUUGGGGAGUCAGAAGCCCGAAAACUUUCAAAGUUGAAAGGCCACGAGUUUAUUCUUCACACCAGCAAGUUCAUUACCAGAAUUUAUCCCAAAGCAACAAGAACAGACUCCUCUAAUUUUAAUCCUCAAGAAUUUUGGAAUAUAGGUUGUCAAAUGGUGGCCUUAAAUUUCCAGACCCCUGGUCUGCCUAUGGAUCUUCAAAAUGGGAAAUUUUUGGAUAAUGGUUGUUCUGGGUAUAUUUUGAAACCACAUUUCCUAAGAGAUAUUAAAACAGAGUUUAAUCCAAAUGAAACACCAAAAGACAUUGAUCCAGUUACACUUACGAUAAGGCUCAUCAGUGGUAUCCAGUUACCUCCCAGUAACCAUUCAUCAUCUAACAAAGCUGACACACUAGUGGUUCUAGAAAUUUUUGGUGUUCCAAAUGAUCAUGUGAAACGGCAGACUCGUGUAAUUAAAAGAAAUGCUCUUUGUCCAAGAUGGAAUGAAACAUUCACAUUCAUUAUUCAGGUGCCAGAAUUGGCUCUGAUACGUUUUGUUGUUGAAAAUCAAGGUUUAAUAACCGGAAAUGAAUUUCUUGGCCAAUAUACUUUACCAGUUCUAUGCAUGAACAAAGGUUACCGUCAUGUUCCUCUGUUUUCCAAAAUGGGUGAGAGUCUUGAGCCUGCUGCACUGUUUAUUUAUGUGUGGUACGUCAGAUAG